AACGCUAGACCACAAGACAACUUAAGACAUGCAACAUCAAGAAGAAGAAGCAACAAUUUGGCUACUGGCCAAAAGCGUUGUUGGCCCACAAUGCGGUUUACCUGUUGUAAGUACCAUAGUUGUAAGCGUUAUGGUAAUUCCCACAAAAAGGCAAAGAAGAUCCUUUUGUAAGUACAAAGAUUGACCUUGGCAACAAUUGUGUGUUUGCCACCUGAAUUUAAAUAUGCAUAAAUGUGUAAAAAGCCAACUUCAGAAGCCGAACUUCGGGACAACAAAAGAAGUUUGUGCAGCAAAAUGAUAUGUGAUUACGCUGGCAGGUCAAACAAAGUAGGCAACAACAACCGAGGCAAUUAAACGUUUUGACCGCAAGCCAAAAACGGGGCACGCUCUUCAGGUAGACAACAAACAAGAAGAGGAUGGAAGAUGACGAAGACGAGGACGGAGAAGGUAGCGCAGCAAACAGAAAAACAGGAUCAACAGCGGCAACGUUGGCUUAGCGAAUCAGCAUCAGUUAUCCUUUGCACUUUGCACACGCAACAUCAUGUUGACCAACAACGAACUCCUCGAGCAAUUCUACUUCGGUGCCGAGAGCCAGGAGGCAACAUCCUCCUCCUCUGUGGAAGCCGAUACAGAGCCCAUCUUUAGCAGCGGCGAAGCGUAUCAGACGCUGGAACAAUUGAUCUAUCAACAGGAUCAGGAUUUCGCUGGCAGUGCGGAUAGUUUAUCCGAUGGCACCAACAGUUGCUCACCCGAACUUUAUUACGAUACGCCAGCCAUGUUGGAGCUAGAACAAAUGCUGAGCGCACAGACACAACAGCAACCCAUUGCGCCAGCUGCUCCCGCAAAACAUCAAGGCAAGGCAGCCAAAUACUGGACAAAAACAUCGUCGGCACGAAGCAAACCCUACGAGAAACCCACACAUCUCCAGCAGCCACCACAGCAAACUACACAGCUGAGCCAGCAACAUCUGCAACAACAUCAACUGCAGCAGCAACAACAUUAUCAACAGCAGCAACAUCUUCAACAGCAACAUCAGCAGCAGCCACAACUGCAGCUUCCACUUGUCCAGCAUCAACUUCUACAGCAGCAGCAUCAACAACUGCAACAACAACAUCAACAUCAGCAACAACCACAGGAUCAGGAGCAGCCAUGCGGCCCAGAAGUUGUGCGUAAGCGACGCUUGGCAGCCAAUGCUCGAGAGCGUCGUCGCAUGAACAGCUUGAACGAUGCCUUCGACAAGCUGAGGGAUGUGGUUCCCUCUUUGGGCAACGAUCGACGACUCUCCAAGUAUGAGACAUUGCAAAUGGCUCAGGCUUACAUUGGCGAUCUGCUCACAUUGCUCGCCAGAGAUUAUUAGUGGAAUUAGACAAAUUGACGAAGGACGAAGAACUCUUCCUGCUGUUGUAGCAACACUCGAACCUAGUGUAAACUUUUAAAGGCUGUUAGCUUAAGCGUAUUAUACUAACAAUUACUUUGUAAGCUAUUAUU